AUGGCGCUGCGCCUGCUGGGCCUUGGCCGCGGCCUCCGCGGCCUCUGCGGGCUCGGCACGCGGUGGAUCCAUCAGAGCUCCUUGCGCGCGUUCGAGUUCGUCCCAGAGGCCGUGGAGGAUUUGUUGUACCGAAAGGGUGAAAAGGGGGGCCAUGGAGUCGGCCGCUUUCGGAGGGAGUUGGAGGAAGUCCCACAAGAACAGAGAAGGCUCAUGUCUGUUCUCCGGGAACACACCGAAGCCUUGAAUUGGCAGGGAGCCUUGGAGCUGUGGAACACGGAAAUUCCCAAGGACGCUGGAGAGGAGUGGCACGUGGUGAGUCGGGCUGUGCUCAAUUGCCUCUGCAAAGCCAUGAGAUACGACGAAGCCAAAGAGAUCUUCCAUUCAAUGGCGAAGAGAGAUACAGUGUCAUACAAUCAGAUGCUGUUGAUGCUCGCGAGACUUCGAAGGUUUAUGGAGUUCGAUCAACUCUUAUCCCGGAUGGACAAGGAGGGCGUAGCACGAUCCUCCGUGACCUACUGCAAUAUCAUGACCAAGUGCAAAGAGAACAGAGACUGGCAGGAAGCAGUGAGGACUCUGGAAGAGUUGAAGGCCGGCCUCUCAAGCGAUGAGGCGACCAACUGGAGCUUUGUUUACCUGGCGGCCAUGUCAGCUUGCGCCAAGGGUCGACAGCCGGAUCAGGUCGAAAAGAUGAUGCGGGAGCUGCAAGAGAUGGAUCCGGGUGCGGUACUUCCAAAUCACUGGAAUUCCUGGAUCGUCUCCUGUGCACCUGAUGGAGAGAGAGCCAAUCGUGUCAUGCAGGAGAUGCGCGACGCAGGCUUUACGCCAUCGCCUGUGGAUUUUCGGUCGCUGAUGGUCUGCCACAGGAACUUCGAGGAGCAACGGCGGAUCUACGAGACGAUGCGCAAAGAACAUCCCACCGCCAAACUGCCCGAGGCCUGGGCCGUGCUGCUGCGCAACGCGGUGUUGAAUGAAGAGCCCCAGGCAGUGGACUGGCUGCGGCAAGAGAUGCAGGACAACGGCAUCCCCAUGGACUCCGACCGUGCCCAGCAGGUGCCGCCCCUGCGCCGUGCCCUGAGGAUGUUGGAGGACUGGCAACAGACGGAGCGCCUGGGAACUGUCGCUCCAAAAGCUGCCCCGGCGCCACCUGGAGCUGCGCUGCCCAGUGGCUGGCAAUCCACCACGGAUCCCAACACGGGGCAGCCCUACUAUUGGCGGACCGAAGAUCCUGCCGGAACGGUGACGUGGCAAAGGCCCAGUUAA